AUGCGUGUCUUCGCCUUUGCGCUUGUGGCUUCGUCCGCUGUCCUGCCGCGCCUCGACGGCGCCUCCGAUGCUGCGGAAACAUCGAGGAUCGCACACCAAGACCCAGCUGUUGUUCCUCCGACCGCCGCUGGCGUGGACUCUCCCCCGAGCAGGUUGUUAAGGGAUCAAGGAUUCGAAGCAAACGAGGCUGCAAAACUUCUCGAGUCGGCUACAAGAUCAUUAAAGUCGUCAGGAAAGGUGGAAAAAGUUGCUGGUGCUAUCAAGAAGAUUAUAAAUGCGCAGACGGAGUUGACAACAGAGUUCGUGAUGACAGACGCGAUGUUGCGGGUGACACGAACGCUUGAGCCAGAUGAUCUUGUCAAGCGACUUGUUCAGAUGAAUGUAGACGAAGUUCAGCUGGCACGAGCGCUAUAUGACAUGCAGCGACAUUCAAAUGACCGUCGUCAACAUUAUUUUGCCGAGGCUCUAGGGGUGCUGAUGAAGAACUGGUUCGAAAGCGGACUGACUAAAGCUCAAUUGACUAAGAAUCUGGGUCUGAAGAAACGCUCAUUUUCCCAGCGCGUUGAUGAUGAGGGAAUACCAUCUACAGGUGUACGGAUGGCCUUUUACACUGCCGUGCAUGGGGGACAAGGACCGAUCAAAUUUUUUGAAGACCUAGUUGCCGAAAACAAUGGUUACCAGAACUUCAAAACGCUUGUUGACGAGGAGGUACAUAAACAUCGUGAAGCAGGCUUGUACUUUCUCUUCGAUACAGUCCUGGAUGCCCUUGAUCACAAACCUAAAGAUAGCCGGACUAUUGGCGAAAGGAAGAUACACGACUUUGUGUUGCAGAUCGCUAAGGAGAACUUCGGUGACGAAUAUGUACGUCGCAUGAGAUCAGACGUCGGCGAUGGCUCGCCAUUGGCAACGUCCACCUGA